CAUGUACCUAUUCCACAAAUGGAUUAGAGCACUUAAUAACAUUCCAUGGCCAAUAGCCAUUCUUCCUUCCUUUUCUUUCUUCUAUCCUUUGUUCUGUUUCUCUGUGAUUGUCCGAAGAAGGUAGAGGCAGCCUAUAGAUUCAAAGAAAAGCCUGCGAAUCUUCAUCCUCAGAAACAUGAUUUUGCAAUCAGUUCCUUGAUACCGGGGAAAGUUUGUUCUGCACCAACCGAAGGUCCCAAAACCAUAAGCAGACUACAAGUUGCUUACAAAUAUGGGCCCUGCUCACCAAUGAAACGAGGGAAUACAACAACACCUACCCUUCACCAAAUUCUCCUUCGUGAUGAAACCCGAGUAAAGUCCAUCCAUUCCAAAAUCUCCAACCAACACUCAUUAGUCUCAGAUCCUGCAGUAGAACUUCCAGCCAAUUCUGGUGAAUCCCUAGAGACAGGAGACUUCAUCGUCACAGUCGGAUUUGGAACACCAAAACAAGAUUUCAGACUAGUCUUUGAUACUGGCAGUGACCUUACUUGGAUCCAAUGCCUACCUUGCUCUGGCCAAUGCUAUACACAAAAAGACCCUUACUUCAACCCUUCAUUAUCCUCUACCUAUUCCAACAUCCCAUGUACCUCCAUGGCAUGCUCCCAACUCGAAUCAGCCACAGGUAACGCGCCAUCCUGCUCCGGCAAUUGCAUCUACCAGAUCUCAUAUGGUGACAAUUCCUACUCACAAGGGAACCUUGCAACUGAUACACUAACACUAUCUUCCUCUGAUAUCUUCCCAAAGUUUAAAUUCGGGUGUGGCGAAAACAACAAUGGCCUAUUUGGUUAUGCAGAUGGACUACUAGGCCUUGGCCGUAAUCAGAUCUCUACAGUAUCACAGACUUCUCAUAAGUAUGGAAAGCUUUUCUCCUAUUGUCUUCCAUCUACAAGCAGCUUUACUGGUUACCUUUCAUUCGGAAAAAAGGCGGUCGCUUCCUCUGGUGUGCAAUACACUCCACUGCUAACAGACUCAAGUGGUCCAUCAUUCUAUUUCCUAGAUCUGAUAGGAAUAAGUGUUGGAGGAAAAAGAUUGUCUAUUCCAACUUCAGUCUUCAAAAUUUCCGGAACCAUUAUAGAUUCUGGAACAGUCAUUAGUCGGUUGCAGCCAAAGGCUUAUUCGAUUUUUCGCUUAGCGUUUCGUCGAGCAAUGGCAAGGUAUCCGGCUGCUCCGGCGUAUUCAAUACUUGAUACAUGCUUUAACUUGGAAGGAAUCAGUACUGUAACUGUGCCAACCAUAGUGUUGCAUUUUGGUGGAGGUACUGACUUGAAUGUUGAUCAGUCUGGGAUUCUUAUAGUAGCAAACUUGACACAAUACUGUUUGGCUUUUGCUGGUAAUGAUGCUGCUACUGAUUUGGCAAUCAUUGGAAAUAUGCAACAGCAAACAAUGGAGGUGGUUUAUGAUGUUGAGGGAGGAAAGCUGGGAUUUGGCCCUAAAGGGUGCAGUUAACUAGUCCUUGUAAUAUAAAGAUGAUAUUGCUAAAAAUAUGAGUGAUUGAUUGAGAGAGAGAGACAAGGAAGGAGAUGAUGAAGAAAAAGAAGUUAAACUGAGCAAACAAGGCUGAAUGUUGAAGCAUAUGUAGGUUUUGUUCUAAAUUUUUUCUAAUAAAUUUGUUGUAAUUUGGUUUAAAUCUUACUCAAAUCUUUUUUACAAUAAUUUUAAUAGAGAUGUAUGAGUUGUGUGGCCCUA